ACAAAAUGUCGUACACCACUCGUCAAGUCGCUGCUGCCAACACUUUGGACUACAAAGUCUACCUUGAAAAGGAUGGAAAGGUUGUUUCUCCUUUCCAUGACAUCCCUUUGUACGCCAAUGAAGAAAAGACCAUCUUGAACAUGAUCGUAGAAGUUCCAAGAUGGACUAACGCUAAGUUGGAAAUCUCCAAGGAACAAAAGUUGAACCCAAUCAUCCAAGACACCAAGAAAGGUAAAUUGAGAUUCGUUCGCAACUGCUUCCCACACCACGGUUACAUUCACAACUAUGGUGCUUUCCCACAAACCUGGGAAGACCCAAACCAAAUUCACCCAGAAACUAAGGCUAAGGGUGAUAACGAUCCUUUGGAUGUAUGUGAAAUUGGUGAAAGGGUUGCCACUGUAGGUGAAGUAAAGCAGGUUAAGGUCUUGGGUGUCAUGGCUCUUUUGGACGAAGGUGAAACUGACUGGAAGGUUAUCGUUAUUGAUGUCCACGACCCAUUGGCUCCAAAGUUGAACGACAUCGAAGAUGUUGAAACUCACUUGCCGGGUUUGUUGAGAGCCACCAACGAAUGGUUCAGAAUUUACAAGAUUCCUGAUGGUAAGCCAGAAAACCAAUUCGCUUUUUCGGGUGAAUGUAAGAACAAGAAGUAUGCUGAAGAAAUCAUCAGCGAAUGUGCAGAAGCUUGGGACAAGUUGAUUAAGGGCGAAAGUGUCGACUCUAAGGGUAUUGACUUAACUAACACCACCUUGUCUGAUUCACCUACCUUCAGUGCUGCCGCCUCCAAAGAAAUAGCAGCUGCCGCUCCAGCUGCCGCUGCUCCGAUUGACAAGUCUGUCGACAAGUGGUUCUUCAUCUCUGGUGCUCAUUAAAGGAAGGUCGAUCAAACUUCUUGUUGCUUAAAGUAUUUACAUGUAUAGUUCGGAAUUCCGUUAGAAGUAAAUCAUAUUGUGAUGUGACUGGAUAAAUCUUUGC